AUGGAGGGGCGGAGGCUGCUGCUGCUGCUGCUGCUGCUGGGCUUAGGGGGGGUCCUGCGAACCUCCCGCUGCUGCCCCGGGACCCUAGACCCCGGUACCGGCCCCGGUACUGACCCCGAGCUGGCCCCGCCCCCUCCUGCCGCCGCCGCCCUGGACGCACUGCUCCGCUCCCUGCAGCGGUCUGGCCGCGGCACCGGGACCCUCCUGCAGCCGCCGAGGUCGGGGCGGGGAUCGCAGUGGGGACCCCAGCCCCGGCUCAGCCCCCGCAGCUGGGACCCCUCUGCUGCCCCCUUCUGGACCAUGGCGACCCCGCAGCGCUUCGGCCGCCGCCGCUGA